ACGGUCAAUUACACUGGUUUACAGAUAUAAAGUAGAUAGAUACAGUUGGACAUAAUUCAAUCCAUUUUCUUUACCAAUUCUCCAACACCAUCAUCACAAACAGCGCCAUGGAAUCUGGAAUGGAUCCCCCAAAGAUCUUUGAUCGAUUCUACGAUUCAUCUGAAGAAGAACAAGAAAAUGAGUUCUUGUAUACUGAUACUAAUACAGCCGGUAAGCGCCUCGAUUAUAUGAUACAGUUUCUUGAUCGUAGACUUGAAAAUCAUCACAGAAAUAGUGACCCUUUGCCUGAAUUUGUCGCUCCGGGAGGCGGUGAAGGGAUUUUCAGGCUUCCGGUUAGAGCUGCUGUUCAUCCCGGCCGGCCUCCCUGUUUAGAGCUCCGGCCUCAUCCGCUGACUGAAACUCAAUUGGGCUGUUUUUUGAGGAAUUUGGUUUGUGUUGAUGAUAGUGAGUUGUGGGUUGGGUCGGAGAAUGGGGUUCGGGUUUGGAGUUUGGGGGAUGUUUAUAAGCCUGCCCGGGAGGAUGUGGUGGUCAAUGGGGAUCAGGAAACUGCGCCCUUUGUGCAGUCGGUUACGGUUUCGCCCACAUUGUGUUUGGUAGGGCAUGACGCGAGUAGGAUGGUGUGGAGUGGACAUAAAGAUGGCAGGAUUAGGUGUUGGAAGAUGUUAGCUGAUUGUCGUGAUGGUGAUCGUCCUCGGUCUUUUUUCAAGGAGGUUUUGUCUUGGCAAGCUCACAGGACUCCUGUUUUAUCGAUGGUUGUGACAUUAUAUGGGGAUUUAUGGUCCGGCUCCGAGGGUGGUGCACUAACAGUCUGGCCCUUGGAAUCCAUUGAAAAAUCACUUUCUUUUAUACCAGAAGAAAGACACAUGUCGGCCUUAAUAGUCGAGAGGUCAUAUAUCGAUCUUAGAAGCCAAGUCACUGGAAAAGGAAUCUGCUGUAAUAUAUUUUCUGCCGAUGUAAAGUAUCUGUUAUCUGAUCAUUCUGGAGAAAAUGUUUGGAGUGCAGGGUAUCUGUCGUUUGCUUUAUGGGAUUCUCGUACAAGAGAGUUACUGAAAGCUUUUAAUAUAGAUGGUCAGAUAGAAAACUUGUCGGUAGCUAUGGAUCCUACAAUAGAAGAAGAAGUGAGGGUAAAGGUUCUAGCUGGUUCAAAAAAGGAGAAAUCACAGAGUUCCAUCAGUUUCUUUCAGCGAUCACGUAAUGCCCUAAUGGGAGCAGCUGAUGCUGUACGUCGAGUUGCUGUAAGGGGAGCCUUUGGGGAUGAUAGGAAAACAGAAGCACUGAUUACUACAAUAGAUGGGAAUAUAUGGACGGGGUGUACGAAUGGAUCAAUUGUACAGUGGGAUGGCAAUGGCAAUCGGUUGCAAGAGUUCCAGUACCAUUCCUGUCCUGUUCAGUGCUUGUUUGCUUUUGGAUUGAGAAUAUGGGUAGGUUAUGCAAGUGGCCUAAUAGAUGUAUUAGAUCUCAAUGGCAGUAAGCUUGGAGGAUGGAUUGCUCAUAGUAGUCCUGUAAUUCAUAUGGCUGUUGGUGCUGGCUUCAUAUUUACUUUGGCUAAUCAUGGUGGUAUACGUGGAUGGAGAAUAACAUCUCCAGGGCCUCUUGAUAAUGUAAUAUGCAAAGAAUUAGGUGACAGGGAAUUUCUUUAUACAAAGCUAGAGAAUGUGAAAAUAUUGGCUGGUACUUGGAAUGUUGGACAAGAAAGAGCAACUCAUGAUUCACUUAUAUCUUGGCUUGGUUCUGCAGCUACUGGUGCUGACAUAGUUGUUGCUGGAUUGCAAGAAGUGGAAAUGGGGGCUGGUUUCCUAGCAAUGUCUGCUGCUAAAGAAAGUAUGCAGGUAGGUCUUGAAGGUAGUUCUGUUGGGCAGUUGUGGCUUGAUAUGAUUGGAAAGAUUUUGGAUGAAGGAUCCACAUUUCAACGCAUUGGUUAUAGGCAGCUGGCAGGUCUGCUUAUUAUGGUAUGGGUCAGAAAUGAUAUUAGAAGCCAUGUCGGUGAUAUUGAUGUUGCUGCAGUUCCAUGUGGUUUCGGCCGUGCAAUAGGUAAUAAGGGAGCUGUUGGUUUGAGGAUGAGAGUAUAUGAUCGGAUAUUGUGCUUUGUAAAUUGUCACUUUGCUGCACACUUGGAGGCUGUCAAUCGCCGUAAUGCUGACUUUGAUCAUGUAUACCGGACAAUGAUCUUUAGCCGGCCAUCUAACAUUUUAAAUUCUGCAUCUGGUAUGGUGAAAUACCUAUUACUGCCCUGCUUCAUUGCCUGCAUCAUGUAUAUAGUUUGGCUUGUUUAUAGUUCUCGUUUGCCCUUGGCACUUUCUAUUGCAGCUGGUGUUUCAUCUUCUAUUCAAGUGCUUCGGGGUGCAAAUGUCACAGGUAUUGAACCUGUGGUAGGGAUACCAGAAUUGUCUGAAGCAGACAUGGUUGUAUUUUUAGGGGACUUCAACUAUCGGCUUGAUGGUAUAUCAUAUGAUGAAGCAAGGGAUUUUAUCUCCCAAAGGUCCUUUGAUUGGCUUAGAGAAAGGGAUCAGUUGCAAGCAGAAAUGAAAUCUGGGAAUGUCUUCCAAGGAAUGCGUGAAGCAGUAAUUGGUUUUCCCCCAACAUACAAAUUCGAGAAGCACCAACCUGGUUUAGCAGGGUAUGAUUCUGGCGAAAAAAGGCGCAUUCCUGCCUGGUGUGACAGAAUAUUGUACCGCGAUAACUGUUCAACUACCGUUUCUACAUGCAGUUUAGACUGUCCGGUGAUUGCUUCAGUUUUACAGUAUGAAGCUUGCAUGGAUGUCACGGACAGUGAUCACAAGCCUGUCCGUUGCAUAUUUAAUGUUGAAAUUGCUCGAGUUGACAACUCAAUAAGGCGACAGGAGUUUGGAGAAAUCAUGGGAUCUAAUGAAAAAAUUAGGCAUAUGCUUGUUGAACAAAAUAAAGUUCCUGAAACUAUUGUUAGCACAAACAACAUUAUUCUUCAGAACCAGGAUACAUCCGUCUUACGGAUUACAAAUAAAAGUGGGGAAGACAUAGCUCUGUAUGAAAUAGUUUGUGAAGGCGAGUUCACCAUACAUGAGAGUGGACAAUUAUCCAGUAAUCACUCUUUUGGUUCUUUUGGCUUUCCUCGGUGGCUGCAGGUCAGUCCGACAACUGGCAUAGUUGAACCAGAUCACAUAGCUGAGAUUGCAGUUCAUCAUGAUGAACACCAAACGUUAGAGGAGUUUGUUGAUGGUGUCCCACAAAACUGGUGGUGUGAAGAUGCACGAGAUAAAGAAGUUAUGCUGUUAAUUAAGGUACGAGGUGGCUGCACAACUGAAAUAAAAAGUCACCGUAUCCGUGUGCGUCAUAGCAUCUCAGGGAAAAAAAUGCCAGUUGAACGUAAACCCAAAAAUGUCAACACCCAGUCAAGUGUUCUCCAGCGUGCUGAUUUUCUGGGGAACAGCUGUACGUCAGAUGUUUUUGCUCACCUACAGAAUCUGCAUACUCCUUGAGCAUUAAAAAUGUGAGAUUGCCGUUGAAAUUUUGUUUAUUGACAAGGGAAUAUUGAAGUCAACUCUGUCAUUUGGCGAUACAACCAGAUUCAUCUGCAUAUGCUUAUCUUUAGAACCUGGAUGCAUGUCUAAAUAUUUUCCACCAUAAAACCUUUCAACCUGAUUGUACAACCUUGUACUAUAUUCAGUGUGCAGUGUCUAUAAGGAUGCAAGUAUAUAAGGUUCUAUUUAAGUUG